AUCCGGCUCGAGUUUGCUAGUGGGAUUCAAAAGGAAGCCAAAAUAUACCCCGCGUGGUCUAGAGACAGUGGACAGGUUAUUAUGACUAUUGGAUCAUAACACCACGUCAACCCAUGUCUCGACAGGUGCAGGGGACCAUGGUUCAGGGCAGGAGCAGUCCCAUCUCCCAUGGUGUCCCAGCGGUGGCGGUGUGCCUUGCUGCUUUGCUCCUCGUCAAUGUCUUCAUCUACCUGUAUCUGGACUCUUUGAAUCAGACUAAUGAGCAGCUGGUGUCCUCUCUUGUAGGCUGUGUACCUGGACAUUUUAAAAUAGGGACCAUGAAAAACUGCACCCCCUGGCUUCAAUGUUCACAGAUAAAGGAAGAAGUCCGCAAACUGAAGCAGAUUGGCGAGGGAGCUGUUAAGAAGGUUUAUCUGGCAGAAUGGAGGGGUCAGAAAGUGGCCCUGUCCAAACUGUCCUCUCUGGAUUACCUGGAGGAUUUUCUCCAUGGAUUGUCCAUGUUGCAGGCCCUGCAGGGCCCCCAGGUGGUUAAAUUGGUGGGAUUUUGCCUUGAAGACCACUCCCUUCUUACAGAGCACCACCCACUUGGGUCACCGCUCAACUUGGAUGGAGUCUUUGCACAAGAGCAGCACCAACAACACAACACAUGGCAGAUCCGGCUGAGGCUGGCUACAGAUUAUGUCUUUAUCCUCCAUUACCUCCAUAACAGCCCAGCUGGGCGGCGGGUUAUGUGUGACUCCAACAGCCUGGAGAAAACUCUUUCCCAGUUUCUAUUGACAAGUGACUUUCACCUGGUAGUGAACGAUCUUGAUGCGCUGCCGGAGGUGGACCCGUCCCGAGGCUUGUUAGUGAAAUGUGGUCACCGGGAACUCACUGGGGACUUUGUUGCACCAGAGCAGCUGUGGCCAUUCAGAAACCAAGAGUUUUCAGAUGAUCUCAUGCCAGAGUACGAUGAGAGGACAGACAUCUGGAAGAUCCCAGAUGUGACUUGGUUCCUGAUGGGAAGGGUCCCUGGAGGGGAUGUAGUCCACUUUCAUCUGUUUCAGAUUCACAAGGAGUGUAAGAAGAAAGACCCCAAGCUCCGUCCAUCAUCACUGGAUGUUUUGAAGGUAUACAAAUCAGUCUACAGCAGCAUGGUGCGAGAUAAUGCUGGUUUAAGAGACAUGCUGUAGGUCUUCAUGCCUGACUCACUCAACAAGAUACCAUGUACAAUGCACAUUACAGCUACAGUUUUACAGUGUUGUGCAGUGUAAUAAAUUCGACUGGGUUUUGAAACAGCGUUAAUUUUUUUCAUAAUUUUAACAGUUUAGUGUUAGUUGGUUACAUUUACUUUAAAUAUGAAAUUAGAGAUUAGGGCUGGGCGAUAUAUCGAUAUAAAAGAUAAAUCGAUAUAUUUUUAAAUGUGAUAUUAAUUUAGACCAUAUCGCAUAUAUCGAUAUAGUUCAAAUUUGCACUGUGAUCCUUGUUCCAGGCAAGCUGCAGCUUUUAUUUAAGAUACUUUUUUAUUUAAAUAGGCACUUUAUGGAGCUGUACUAUAGGGUAAAUGUUCUCCUGUUGUUAUACAUAAUUUAUGUUCACUUAUAUAAACAGUUUCAAUAAAACUACUUGUGACAUGUCAUAUUUGACUGAACAUUUGCUCUCACUUUGCCAUAAAAAUAUCGGGAUAUAUAUCGCAUAUAUCAAUUUUCAGUUUAAAUAUAUCGGGAUAUGACUUUUGGUCCAUAUCGCCCAGCCCUAUUAGAGAUUUAUUUUUGCAAAAACAUUUGACAAUUUGUCGUUUGUACUGAACAGUUUUCAACAAUUAUUUUUAGAAAAAUAAUGUCUUGAUUUUUUUAUUUCAUUGUUAUAGCUAUGAAGCAGGUCUGUAUAAAUAAUAUAGUCAGCCGGCAAUUUGUUUUUGUGCCAUUUCUCUCAGAUUUCCAAAAGGUUGUUUUUAGAACCCUCACUCCUUCCAUAUUUCUAUAUAGUUCUUUUGUUUUACAGAGAUUAUCUUAGUUUUGAGAAGUGCAAUGUCGUCCAUGAUUUGUGUCACAGAAAAGUUAAAAUUAUUUACUAUAUUGUCACAUAAAGACAGAGAAGGAAGGUUAAAGAUUUUAACCACCACACUUGUUCCUGUUGCUGCCAUCCUGAAGAAAACUGCCUGUAACAGAGAGCACUGUUAUAUAAGGGGGCCGAAA